AUGUCAACCAAGUACGCCCUGCUCUCCCUGCCCCUCGGCGUCUUCGAUUCCAGCGACCGCGACGACGCCAUAGCAGCCCUGAGCGCCACCGUGUCUCCAGAUAACGGCUCGGUCGGUCCCUUUCGGAUCCCCGAUUUCAAGAUUGGCACCUUGGAUGCCCUGGUCCAGCAGGCCGACGACCUGGCCAAGCUCGAGGCAUCAUGCCAAGCCGUCGUGGCAAAGGUUGGCGACUCGCUGCGCCAGCUUCUCAACAAUGACGAGGAGCGACUCACCUCUUACAAAAUGGUCAACGAUAAACCGACCGACCAGUACAUCCGCGGCUUUAGCUGGAACAAGAUCCGAUACCGAGCCGACAAGUCCCUGGGAGAGCUUAUAGACACACUGCAAAAGGAGCUCGUCACCGUGGACAAUGACGUCAAAACCAAGUUUAACCAGUACAACUCGGUCAAGACGAACCUUGCGGCCUUACAACGACGCCAGACUGGUAAUCAGCCACCAAAUCCCUCACUCCCGUUGUCGAUCCUCGACUACUGGACUUCAUCAAGACAUACGAGACCUUGUCCCCAUGGUCGUCCCCGAUCUGCGGUCGAGGUGGACCACGACGACGAGUUCACCCUCUUCGCGGCCGAGACAUUCAAGAAGCACGGCCCUGACUUCAUCCACAAGUGCCGCGAGCAAAAGUGGACGCCGCGUCAGUACACGUAUGUUCAGGGCGGCCGCGAGGAGGAGCAGCGUGAGCUGGACCGGGUCACCAACGAAGAACGAAAAGUUUGCGGAGAGGCCUUGCGCUUGGGAAGGACCGGGUGGAGCGAGAGCGUCAUGGUCUGGACCCAUGUUCUGACGCUGAGGGUCUUUGUCGAAGCGGUCCUGCGCUACGGCUUGCCGCUGGACUAUGUGACGGCUCUGGUCAAGACAACAUCGAAACUGGCUCCCAAAGUCAAGUCUGCCCUGGACUUAAAUUACUCAUACCUGGGAGGCAACGCGUUUGGCCGGGACAAGCGCGGACGGGAGUACACGGCCUAUGUCUACUACGAGCUCGAGUUGCCCUGA